AUGUGCAAAGAAAAUGAAAUAAAAUGUCAUCGAAAUCGAAACAACAACGAAAAAAAUUGGGAUAAAUCCAUGCAUGCAGCUAUGACUGUAGAUAAAAACAAAGAAAUGGAGUACACGCGAGUUUCAAAAACUUUUAAUGUAUUCAAGAGCACGUUGGAAGACGACGUAAAAAAUAAAAAAAUGUCACCUGAAGAACUUAUUCAAACCAAUAUGGGACGCCCAACAGUGUUUUCCAAAGAAAUUAAAGCGGAUUUGGUCAAUUAUUGCCUAGAAAUGGAUAGAAGAUUUCACGGACUGCGAUCUUCUGAUAUUCGAAGAUUACCCUUUUAG